AUGACCAGGAAAUACCUGGACCGGUUCAACGACGAGUGCUUGGAAAUCGACGGCUUAACAGACUCGGUGGCCAGCCUUUGUCUGACGAACGACCUCCUUAACGAGGACUUCAGAAAAUACCUCACCACAAAACCAGUAUGGACUAUGCACGAGAUCCAAACCGUAGCUAAGGAGUACAUAAACGACGAGAAAGUUAGCCGAGUUGUGGCUGCCAACAAACGGCAGCCCUCAUACAAUCAACCCAGGCAACACGGUAACGGAGAAAGGCAGAAGGAGCAAAUCAGAGACGGGGGCCCGAGCAAGGCAUCCAGAUCAUUUCCCCGGGUAGGAAAAUUCACCAACUACACCCCACUCACCCUCCCCAUCAUGGAAGUUUAUCAGCUAAUUGCUGAAAAAGGAAUCUUAUCAAAGCCCCGACCACUCAAGGACCGCACCGGGAGAAACAAGAGCCUCUACUGUGACUACCACAAGGGCUAUGGACACCAAACACAGGACUGCUUUGACUUGAAGGACGCACUAAAACAGGCGACAAGGGACAGAAAACUGGCUGAAUUUUCACAUCUUAUAAGAGAGCCGAGGAGGCGACACCGUGACCAUGACGAUGAGGGAAAGACCCGAUCGGUGAAACAGCGACAAGAACCCGAGGACAAUGAUCACGGCCUCACCGUAAUAAACGUAGUGACUGCCAAAAAUGCAGCACCAAAGUCGAGAUCAGCACACAAGAAAGACUCUAGAGUCCUGGCAGUCUCCUCCUCGUCGACACGAUACUCCAAUAGGUCCCCAAUCAUUUCCUUCAGUCCAAAGAUCAAUGGUUCGACGACGCCCCAUGGUUAUCACGGCCAGGGUGGGAACCGGUCUUGUCAAAUGAAUCCUCGUAGACACGGGGGCAGACUCGAACAUUAUAUUCCGCAACGUAUUUGA